GGGCCGGCGGGGUACUAACCCCAGUGUAGGCGAAGCGGUCGCUGCAGUCGCUUCAGCAGCUGGAACCGGAGUCGCAGUCGCCAGGGUCGCUGGCCGCCGGCGCGUGGCUCAGCCGGGCCCGUAGCCAUGGAGGACUUCAUCGUGAUCUCCGACGACAGCGGCUCCGAGAGCUCGGCCGGGACCCGCUCGGGCAGGGCGCGGAGGCUGCGCCGGGCCCUGUCCCGGACCCCCGGCGCGCUGCCCCGCCGAACCGUGGACUUCAUUGACCUAACUAGAGAGACCAGAACAAGGGCAAAAGAUCGUAAUGGACUUUGUGUGAUUGAUCUGACAAGAAGUGAGGAAGAAAAUAGACCUAUUGCCACUCUUGAUUUGACUUUGGAACCUGUAGCUUCCUCUCAGAAGGAGCCACCCAGUCUUCAGACAUGUGCCAGUCUAUCAGGCAAAGAGGUGAUGGAAGCCCAGGGAGAUAGAGGCUCUCAGCCUACAGCACAGAGAAUGGUCAACAAUGAUCCUGUAGAUUUGGAUUUGUUGGAGGAAAACAUGUUUGAAGGUUCUCGACCCCCUACAGCUAUCAGCCAGGACUCUGUUUAUCCAUCAGAGCCAAACUGUAGCUCAGUCAUGUACAAAGGUGGCCUCAGCUUCUUGACAAGCCUACAUCUCUCUUCAGAUGUUACCUCCUUCUCCUCAACAAGCAAUAACAGUAGCAGCAGCAAUCAGAGGGCCUCUUUGCCAUGCCCACAGCAAGAUGUGCCUUGCCAACCACAAGGCUUGCUGUGCCCGCUACAAGCCUUAUCAUGCCCACUAAGAGCUUCACCAUGUCCACCACGUGCUUCCUCAUGUCCACCACAAGCCUUGUCAGGUCCACCACAAGCCUUGUCAUGUCCAUCACAAACUUUGUCAUGUCCAUCAAAAACUGUGCAGUGCCACCUCCAAGCUUUGCCUCAUCCACCUCAAGAAGUGCCAUGCCCUCCUCAAGAUGUGCCAUGCCCUCAGCAGAAUAUGCCAAGCACACGUCAAAAUUUAUCAUGGCAUCCUCAUCAACACCCACUAUACCCACCCCAAGACACUCUGGGCCUACCUCAAGAUGCGCCAGGUCGACCUCAAAACCUGUCCUAUCCACAAGAUGUGACACAACUGCAAGACAUGCCAUGGUCACUGCAAGACAUGCCACUGUCACUACAAGAAGUGCUACAGUCACUGCAAGAUGUGCCACCACUGCUGAGAGAUGUGCCACCGUCAUCAGAAGUGAUGCAAUUACCAGGAUAUGUGACACAGUCAUCAGGAGAUGUGAUGCAGUUACCCGGAGGUGUGAUACGGUCAUCAGGAGGCGUGAUGAGGUCAUCAGGAGGUGUAACACAUUCACUAGGAGGUGUGAUGCGGUCAUCAGGAGAUGCAAUACACUCACUAGGAGGUGUAACACAGUCAUCAGGAAGUGUGAUGAAGUUACCAAGUGUGCCACAGUCAUCAGGAGAUGUGAUACAGUCACCAGGAAAUGUGAUGCAGUCACCAAGUGUGCCACAGUCAUCAGGAGAUGUGAUGCAGUCACCAGAUGUGCCACAGUCAUCAGGAGAUGUGAUGCAGUCACCAGAUGUGCCACAGUUAUCAGAUGUGAUGCAGUCACCAGGAAAUGUGUCACAGUCAUCAGGAGAUGUGAUACAGUCACCAGGUGUGUCAAAGUCAUCAGGAGAUGUGAUGCAGUCACCAGGUGUGCCACAGUUAUCAGAUGUGAUGCAGUUACCAGGUGUGUCAAAGUCAUCAAGAGAUGUGAUACAGUCACCAGGAAAUGUGUCACAGUCAUCAAGAGAUGUGAUACAGUCACCAGGUGUGUCAAAGUCAUCAGGAGAUGUGAUACAGUCACCAGGUGUGUCAAAGUCAUCAGGAGAUGUGAUACAGUCACCAGGUGUGUCAAAGUCAUCAGGAGAUGUGAUGCAGUCACCAGGUGUGCCACAGUCAGUUAGAGAUGCACCACACUUACCAGGAGAUGUGUCUCACUCACCACAAGGGUUAUUGGACUUAGCAAGAGACAAGCCAAAAUCUGCCCCAGAUGAUGUGCAGAAUCGUGACACUCCUAUGGAUAUCUCAGCUCCGUCCUCUCCAAGUUGCUCUGCCAGCCCACUAUCUCCACAGUCUGAAUUUUCCUUAGAAAAAGUUCCUUGGCUCUCUGUCACAGACAGCUUAGCCAGAAAAGAGAGAUCAUUUCCACAGCUUGCCAACCCUGGGUCUGCCCAGAUACAAGGACAAAUACCACAAGUUGGGGUAUACAAUAGACCUUGCCUGCAUAGACUGAAAUACUUCUUACGACCGCCAGUGCAUCAUCUCUUCUUCCAGACAUUAAUACCAGAUAAAGACACACGGGAGAGCAAGGGUCAGAAAUUAGAGCCCAUCCCUCAUCGAAGACUAAGAAUGGUGACAAACACUAUUGAAGAAAACUUUCCUUUGGGGACUGUGCAGUUCUUAAUGGACUUUGUUUCACCCCAGCAUUACCCACCCAGAGAAAUUGUGGCUCACAUCAUCCAGAAAAUCCUGCUCAGUGGCUCUGAGACUGUGGAUGUCCUCAAGGAGGCCUACAUGCUUCUCAUGAAAAUUCAACAGCUGCAUCCAGCCAAUGCCAAGACUGUGGAAUGGGACUGGAAACUGCUCACCUAUGUCAUGGAAGAAGAGGGACAGACUCUGCCAGGACGAAUCCUCUUUCUACGUUAUGUAGUACAAACCCUGGAAGAUGACUUCCAGCAGAUUUUGAGGAGACAGCGGCAGCACCUCCAGCAAUCCAUUGCAAACACUGUUCUUUCGUGUGACAAACAGCCCCACAACGUCAGAGAUGUUAUCAAGUGGCUGGUCAAAGCAGUGACUGAAAAUGAAUUAACACAGCCCCCAGAUGGGACUCAGACCUCUUCAGGAGCAGGAGUCUUGAAAGCUAGCAGUGACCACUUGUCUCCCCAGCCUAACCUGACCAGGAACACCAAUCAGCUGGUUGUGUGUCAGCUUCAGAGGAUGUUGUCCAUCGCUGUGGAGGUGGACAGGACUCCUACCUGCAGCUCCAAUAAAAUAGCUGAGAUGAUGUUUGGGUUUGUGCUGGACAUCCCUGAGAGGAGUCAGAGGGAGAUGUUCUUUACUACUAUGGAAAGCCAUCUUCUGCGCUGCAAAGUGUUAGAGAUCAUAUUCCUCCACAGCUGUGAGACGCCCACCCGGCUUCCCUUGUCUCUGGCCCAGGCCCUCUAUUUUCUGAACAACUCCACAUCACUGCUCAAGUGUCAGUCAGAUAAAGCCCAGUGGCAGACAUGGGAUGAGCUGGUUGAGCAUCUGCAGUUCCUGCUGUCCAGUUAUCAGCAUGUGCUGAGAGAGCACCUACGGAGUUCAGUGAUUGAUCGGAAAGAUUUGAUCAUCAAAAGAAUCAAGCCCAAGCCCCAGCAAGGAGAUGACAUCACGGUGGUGGACGUGGAAAAGCAGAUUGAGGCCUUCCGCAGCCGCCUGAUCCACAUACUAGGAGAACCUCUAGUCCCCCAGCUCCAAGACAAAGUGCAUUUGUUGAAGCUGCUGCUCUUCUAUGCUGCCGACUUGAACCCCGACACAGAGCCUGCCCCACAGCACUGAGGCAGCCAGACUUCUAAGCAUUGAGUACCAAGAAUACCUCCUGACUGUCGCCAGCUACUUAGAAGCUCUGAAGUACAAACAGUAGUUAAGAAUAUCAUAGGACCAAACCUAUCUUAUUUAUCUGUAGGCUGUACUCACUUUGAAACUCUUCAGUGUAUCUUUUUUUAUAAUCCUUAUCCUAGCCUAUUCAAAUGUGGCUUAAAUAUACAAUGUGUAUAUAUUUUUUAUUAAA